AUGUCAGACAACGAGGACAAUUUUGAUGGUGAUGACUUUGAAGAUUUGAAGGAGGAGGAAGUACUACAUGACCUGGAGAAUACCGAGGAGGAAGGCCAGGAUAACGUCGAUAUACUUCCGUCAGGGGAGCCAACCACCCUCCAGAUCGCGAUGUGUGCCCCCAUGAUGGUAGAGCUGGAGGGGGAGACAGACCUGCUGUUCAUCUCCAUGAAGGAGCUCAAGGCCGGAAAGAUCCCCAUCAUCAUUCGCUGCUACCUGCCAGACGGGAGCUAUGAAGACUGGGACGUGGAUGAACUCAUCGUCACUGACUGA